AUGUGGAAUCUGGGCAUGGCCGAGAUUCCCAAGGCUAGCAGAGAAGAGUUUGUUCAAAUUAUGCAGAUGAUUGUGCCUGGGUCGAUCCUCUACGUGACGUCCCUUUGGGCCAUCAAAGUCGCACUCGUACUUUUCUACAAGAAGAUUGCCGCACCGGCAUCGAAGCUGCAGAUUGUCUACAACGUCGCGAUCGGGCUCUUGCUGGCUUCCUGGGCGACGAUCUUCUUCCACAUCAUCUUCCAAUGCUACCCCCACGACAAGAGAUGGUCUCAAGAUCCAAGUUACCAGUGCGAUCCCCGGGAUGGCGAGAUCAACUACUGGUUGACUAUUCUCCUCAACAUUGGAUCUGACGUCGUCAAAGCCAUCAGCUUGCCCAUUGCGAUGGUCCUCAAGCUCCAGAUGAGGAUGAAGCAAAAGCUCGGCGUUGCCGCGAUCUUCGCACUCGGAUUCUUCGUCAUCGUUGCGAGCAUCAUCCGAGCCUACUACUCGAAGCGCAACGAGACGAUGCUGACGUGCACUGUUUCGAUGAUCGAGACCGCUGUCGCAAUCAUCGCCGCAUCCCUCCCAGCGCUUCGGACGCUCCUCCUCGGUCAUACUUCCAAGGUCGGAACCAACUCGAACUACGGACACUACGAACUCUCAUCAGCCGGCAUCGACCGUACCCGCAGAACGCAGCAAAGCCGAAUCACCACCACGGUGGUAGGCGGAACGCGCAACCGGGAUAACGACUCGGAUGAAGAGUUGUUCAAGGAGAGCGGCGGCCGGUUGAGUGGCUCCGGACGAGGCCAUCUGACGCCGACGGAAGAUAAUCCAGGGGUGAUAUCUGUGAGCACCACGUUCCAGAUGCAUCGCGCGGUGAAUGAUGAUGGCGAUGAUCCCGUCUCCAAGGAAAGACUCAAUCAGUAUCCUUAA